CGGGGCGGAGAGGGAACCCGGAUAGUGAAAUUUUUCGUGGAAAAGCUGGACCCACGUUGACACCUUGCGAAGCAGCCAUGGCGAUUGUAUUGUGCGGUCCCAGCUACAGGAGAAGAAAAGAGACAAAGAAGACUGCUGUCGCAAUGAACCUCAGUCUCUAAAGUGGCAGGACAGUUUGCGGGCGAUCAAUGGCUUCCGGCAACGAUGUUGAUAGCGAGUCAAGAGACUUGAUCAGAGUCGGCUCUGGGGGUCAGAAAGUUCCGGAGUUGACUAAGCAUAGUUUAUCCGGCCGGUUGACCAGGGCUGCUGACUAAGACAGUGCCGCGCCUUGUCCAACCGCGAUAUAAACCAGGGAGUAAAGGAGAAGUAAAUAAUCAUAUAAACACUAUCCACCUCGUCACUCGUACAUAUACAGUGCCAGUUUCAGAGCACGGAUAUAUGACAAUGCAGCAACGGAAAGAUGAGAUUCUGGCCAAGAAGGCUAAACUUGCUGAGCUCAGGCGACAGCGCGAAUUGCGACAAAAGGAGUUCUCACAGAACAGGCAGAGCAUUGGAGAAGGAGGGUCGGAGAUUCUAGCUCCGACUCCCGGCCGUUCAGACAGCAGAGCAGAGCUCAAUAGUUUAAUUUCUCGGCUGGUCGAUCGGCCUUCAUCCGCAGCCUUAAGAGACGGCGGAGAAUCACCCAGGGGUCGAGGAAGUAGACCCAAUUCCGUCCUCAGUGCCGGCCAACUGAGCGGAGAAAUUCUCGAAUCAGUGACUCCUCCAGCUAGACCUGUAUCUUUAUCAAUUGCAACGCAAACCACGCCUUUCCCCGCUGCUGAACUCCCCACCCCUGAAGCUGUCCCACUACCCAAGCCAGAGGUUGUCACCUACAGCAAAGGUGUCCAGACAGACUCAUGGAUUGAACCUAGAAGCCGGUCUGUAGAUGGCCAUUCUGUCUCGGAAGAUGAUAGCUCUCCCACAACAUCACGCGCAAAUAAACGGUUAAGUCGGAGACAGCAGCGUGAACGUGAUGAGGAAAUACGGGAGAGGCUCCGAAAGGAGAUUGAGGAGGAGGUGCGAUCUGCAAAAGGAAUGGCGGGCGAAGGAACUGCACAGCAAUCAACAGAUAUAAGAUAUCCCUUACGGACGCUUACGAGUGACGAACUCAAUGCGGUCACCUCAUCCAAUGAUUUCCUGGACUUUGUGGAUAAAUCCAGCAGAGUCAUAGAAAGGGCGUUGGAUGAGCAAUAUGACGUCCUAACAGACUACGCGUUAGGUGGAGUAGGUGCAAACGGCCCCGACGAGAACGACGAAUAUGGCAAUAGUAAGAAACGAAGAGGCAUAGAGGAGCUUGUCCAGUUUUAUGAUGAACGAUGGAGCAAGAAGCGCAUGAUCAGUGAUAUCAACUUUUCUCCGAAGUUCCCAGAACUGGUACUAGCUUCAUAUACAAAUAACGUCACUGCGCCCCACGACCCCAAUGGCAUAGUACAAGUAUGGAAUCUCCAUCUCCAUUCCAGGCCGGAAUACGUCUUCCACUCAAUGUCUGACAUCUUGACUGCGAAAUUCUCCCCUUUCCACCCAAACCUCAUCGUAGGCGGCUCCUACUCUGGUCAAGUCCUAUUAUGGGACACCAGAUCAUCGCGGGCAGGGGGCGGCGCCCCCGUCCAGAAAACCCCCCUAACAGGCUCCGGCCACACCCAUCCAGUGUACAACAUCUCCAUCGUCGGCACCCAAAAUGCCCAUAACAUCAUCACUGCCUCGACCGACGGCGUCGUGUGCGGCUGGACAGUCGACAUGCUCUCCCAGCCCCAAGAAUACCUCGAACUCACCACCCCACCCCCGUCCAAAACCGAAGACCUCGCGCCCACAACAAUGACAUUCCCCCAAUCAGACCCAACCUUCUUCCUCGUCGGCACCGAAGAAGGCGCCAUAUACCCAUGUCACCGCUACGAUCGCGCAGGCGCCAAAGCAGGAACCGACCAUCGGCUUUCCUACCGCGGCCACGCGGCCCCCGUCAUGUCCACCGUCUUCCACCCAGCCCGCGGCGCCGUCGACCUAGGUGACCUGAUGCUCAGCUCCAGCUUAGACUGGAGCGUGAAACUCUGGCGCGUACGACCGCCCGCCGUCACCUCCACCUCGGGCACGUCCGCCACCACACCCGCACAAGUGGUCUCGCCCGUCCUGGAACUGAAUCGCGAAGACGUCGUGUACGAUGCGCGCUGGUCCCCGCAUCGACCUGGUGUGUUUGCCCUUGUCGACGGCGCGGGAUCUGUUGAAGUGUGGGACCUGUGCACGGACACGGAGGUGUAUGCGGCGCGCGCGACGCCGACGAAAGCGCGCAAUGCGGUUAUUGAGCAGAGUUUGAAUAAGGUUGCAUGGGAAGAGAGGGAUGGGCGGCGCCUGGCAACGGGUGGGCUUGAUGGCGUGCUGACGGUGUUUGAGGUCGGGAAGGACUUGAGUGGCGGUCCCGAUGAGGUGCCUGCUGAGGAGUGGUCGGCUAUGAAGAAGCUUGUUGCAAAACUGGAGCAGGGCAGGGAUUGAGUGUUUAUUUUAAAUUCCUUCCUUUUGCUUCAUUUUCCUUUUUUGCGUAAUAGAUGUGAUGGAGGGAUGGGUGGUGUGGAUAUAUCCUGUUUAAGUGACUUUAUGGCCCAUUGCUCUGUCUCCUUUGUUCUGGCGUUUUCCCAUUCUUCUCCUUACCUCCUCUCCCUUUUUCUCAUUUCAUUUCUUUUCUCCUUUUUUCCCGGAUCGAUUUGUGUAUCUUUCUACCAUCUUGCCAUUAAAGUAUGCUCUGUUUAUUUAGCGUUCUUUCCCCAUUUUCCUGUUUUAAUAACUCCACAUUAUUAUUUUCCCUUCGAGAAAGCCGCCAUCAACACGCCAUGAAUACCCACAGUUUUCUAACCGAUACCUUCUUUAUAUUAACUAGUUCUAAAUUUACGUCCUUUUUAUUUUUCCUUUUUGCCCUCCUCGCUGAAUCCUGAAAAUCGCGAAACCACAACCGUAGCUAGCUUCUUCUUAAGAAUAACCAACUACUUGAUAUAUUGCCUACAAUACAAACGAAAAUAUAUCCAUAGAAGCCCAA